GUUCGAUCUGAACGGGACAGCUCCGGCGGGUGGGCUGCGGUUCGGGAUCCAGGUGUGCCAUAAGACCGAGAACUGAGAUUUCCCAUUCUGCCUCAAAGUUCAUGUCCUGUCCAUCUUCUUCUUCUUUGCGUCCCUCUGCUCAUCCUCCUAAAUCACGCUGCUGCAUUAAGUCUGGUUGUUGACCGUCAUGGCUGCCGCUGCUGCUGUUCUACUCCUGGCUCUCUCCUCAUCAGUCUCCCUCACAGUGGCGGUACUUUUUAACGAGCCUAGAAUUUACGGAGAUGAUGCUACUGGAUACGGCCCCAUCUUUGAGGAGGAGCCGGUGGAUGUGGUGUACACUGAGGACUCUCCAGACGGCAGGAUCUCCAUGAACUGCAGGGCCCGAGCAAACCCCCCUGCUUCAUACAGGUGGCGCCGUGAUAACUGGGAGAUCAAGCUGAUGGAGCAGCCGGACGAGCACUACAGCCUGGUGGGGGGGAACCUGGUGGUCACCAACCCCAGACAGAAGAAACACGCCGGGACGUACAUCUGCGUCGCCAGGAACAUCUACGGCACCGUCAUCAGCAAGGAGGCCAGGGUCAAGUUUGGAUUUGUGGAGGAGUUUCCCCAGGAGGAAAGAGACCCGGUUUAUGUGAAGGAAGGACAGGGGGCCGUCCUGCUGUGUGUCCCCCCCAAAGCCUGGCCACAGGAGGUGACCUACCGCUGGAUCUUCAACGAGUUCCCGGUGUUCCUGUACACGGACCGCCGCCGCUUCGUCUCCCAGAAGAACGGGAACCUGUACAUCUCCAAAGUGGAAGCUCAGGAUGCGGGAAACUACUCGUGCUUCGUGUCCAGCCCCAUCACCGGGAAGAGCGUCUUCUCCAAGUUCAUCCCCCUCAUCCCCUUACCCCCCGAGGAUGGUGAGGAGAGAAAAUACCCAGCAGACAUCAGGGUGAAGUUUGCCGACACGACUGCCAUGCUGGCUUCUAAUAUUACUUUGGAGUGCUUCGCUCUGGGAAACCCCAUCCCUGACAUUGUUUGGAGGAAGGUGGACCACACAGACCUGCCGCCCAGUCAUGAGAUCAGCGAAUCAGGAGCCGUGCUUCACCUGUACAACGUGCAGUACGAGGACGUCGGGGGGUACGAGUGUGAAGCCCUCAACACCAAAGGGAAGGACUGGCACAAGGCCUGGCUGUACGUGGAGUCUGCUCCGGAGUGGGCAGAAACCAUCAACAACACUCAGAUCGACAUCGGCUCGGAGCACACCAUGCGCUGCGUGGCGUCAGGGAAGCCUUUCCCGUUCAUCCGCUGGUACAAAGACGGAUACAUGUAUGGGAAAGGGGAGUUGAAGUUUUCCAGUCUCACUUUUGAUGACUCAGGAAUGUACCAAUGUCUCGCUGAGAACUACUGGGGCAUCAAAUAUGCCAACGCUGAGCUGAGGGUCAUCGCGUGUGCUCCUACGUUCGAGUUUAACCCCGUGAGGAGGCAGCUUCUCGGAGCUAAAGAUGGCCGCGUGCUGAUCGAGUGUAAACCACGAGCUGCUCCUAGAGCUAAGUUCACCUGGAUGAAGGGCAAGGAGCUACUCUACAACAACUCAAGGAUUUCCGUCAUGUGGGAUGGGACUCUGGAGAUCAAGAACUCCACGGAAAACGAUGCAGGACUCUACAGCUGCUUUGCAGAGAACGACAGAGGAAAGGCCAACAGCUCUGGCUAUCUCACUAUCACAGAGCCCACCAUCAUCACAGAACCACCUGAGGACACUGAGGUGAAGGUUGGUGAUGAGGUGAUCCUGAGGUGUGGCGCUUCAUUCGACCCCAUGCUGGACGUCACAUUCAUCUGGACCAUCGACUUCAGGAUCAUCGACUUUCACUCUGAGUGGGAACACUACGAACGCGUUUUGAGUGAAGAUAGCAGCGGCGAUCUGAGAAUAAAGAAUGUCCAGAUUUGGCACGAAGGUCGCUACGCCUGCACCACUCAGUCAGUGGUGGACAGCGACUCUGCAUACGCUGACCUCAAGAUUGUUGGUGUUCCUGGGCCUCCCGGGGUGAUCCGAGUGGAUGAGAUCGGGGACUCAUGGGUGAAGUUAAUAUGGACUAAAGGGUCAGAGCAUAACAGCCCCAUCCUCUCCUACACCAUCCAGACCAGACACUUCUGGUCCCUGAAUGAAGACGACUGGAAGGACGCCAUCACUUCUCCAACCUUUCUGGAUGGCCAUUCUGAGAGGGCAGAAGUCACAGGCCUGUACCCCUGGAUGGAGUAUUAUUUCAGGAUCAUCGCCACCAACGAGCACGGCUCCGGGGAGUCCAGCAUCCCCUCCCUCUUGACCAAAACCUGGGACGCUCAACCAGUGGUUUCUCCCACUGAUGUGGAGGGUUACGGAGGUAGAAACGGUGAGAUCGUCAUCACAUGGACUCCUGUGGAGCCUUGGUAUUUCUCCGGCAAAAAGUUUGGCUACAUCGUGGCAUUCAAGCCUCACGACGCGUACGACUGGUGGUACGAGACCAUUUCGGACCCCGAGACGAGGCGGUACGUUCACAGGGACUCUUACUUCGUUCCCACAGAAGAAGAUUUCCAGGUCAGAGAGUUUCAGGUGAAGAUCAAGUCUUUCAACGCGAAAGGAGAUGGACCAUACAGCCUCACCAAGGUCAUCUACUACCCAAGAGAUGUACCAAUAGAGUCUCCAACAGAUAUCUACGCCAGGCCUGUUUCCUCCACUGAAGCUCUGGUCUGGUGGUUGCCUGUGAUGGACACUGGUACCGGCCUACAGCAGUACAUUGAGGGAUACCAGGUGAAAUACUGGAGAAAGUACGAUGAUCCGGAGCCAGGAGCACACCGUAUAUUUGUUUCAGCCUCACUGAACCAGACCCGGUUGGAGAACAUGCUGCCCGACUCUCACUACCUUAUCGAGGUCCGGGCCUUCAAUGGAGCUGGCCUCGGACCCCCUGGUGAACACUGCGAGAUGUUCACAAAGAGAGCACCCCCACCAGACCCUCCCAGGAUGUGGCGCUAUGUUACCUGGACAGGACAGUGGUUGUAUGUGUGGUGGGAUCAUAUCUUUUAUGACUGGUUUGGCGAUAUUUCCUUCCCCCUUUACUACAAGGUUAUGUUCAGAAAGACAGGCUACAUCUAUGGGAAAGUCUAUAUGACUGGCUGGCACUUCAUGGACUUCCCCAUGCCUCAGAUGGGAGACUUUGAGCUGUUGGUACGCGGACGUUAUGAAGGAGGGGAUGGCCCAGUCAGGAUGAUUAGUAUCAAGGGUGAAGCACCAAUCAUCACACCCACUCUAAGCCUGGCGUCUAUGGUGCUGCUGGCGCUCGGCAUUGUGGGAUUGGAAAUUUAAGCUCUGCCUCAAGUGACAUGUGUAUAUAAUAGACUCCGGGGAUUACAUUUGAAUAGAAGGGAUCCAGUUUUCACUUCCAAACACUCUGAUAGUGGUUAAAAUCAUGUAUCAUGCAUCUGUUCUGUU